ACAAACCAAGCCAAAUGCAUACAUAUUCUGGACAACUUUCCAUGUACAAAGCAACAAUUUCACCUCGUUUAAGUCCUUGCUCUUUGAAAUAAUUGGCAAUUUGGUUGCUAAACUGUUCUACCUAAAAACAAUUAAAAAGAAAUGGAAAAACAAAAGAAUUCGUCUUUUAAACAAUUAGAAGUUAUUUGGAAUAGAAAUUCCAGUACUCAUAAACCAAAAUUAUUACCAGAAUUAAAAGGAAUUAAUAUAGAGGAUAGUGUUGAAAAAGUUAAAAAAUCGGUUAAACCUCUGGAUGUCAAAAUCAAUGAAAAUAAAAAAGAACAUGUUCACAAUCGUGUAAAAAGAAGUUUAUUCCAAGAAAAUAAAAACGAUAAAGUAUACAAACGUUCAAACCCGGAAGAAUUAAAUAAAAAACUUAGUAAAACUUUUGACUAUGCUAAUAACUUAAGAAAAAGAACUUAUAGCAUAAGCAAAAAAUCUCAAUUAAAUUUAUUUACCCAGUCCCCCCAAAUUAUAUCAAAUCGAAAAAAGAUAAUAAGAAAUCAAGAUGCUCCAAUUCAUAAAUCGAAAAAGUGUUUAUUUCAAACAAAAAGUGAAUUUUCGUCAAAAAAUAUGGUUAAUGAUGCAUCGAUCAUCAAAUCAUCAUGUAAUAUGGAUCUACAAAAUGUACACACUAAAGUUUUUAAUUGUUCUAAAUCCCCCGAGAUUAUGUCAAAUCGAAAACGGUUCAUUAUGUACAAUAAUUUGGAUAAGACUAAUAUUUCUAGUUAUGAUAAUGAUAAGUGUUUGUUACCAAUUGUCCAAGAACCAGAAAAGUUGAAUAUAAAAUAUAAAAAUGUUAAUACACACAUAAGUAAAACGAACUCUGUACAUUCUGAAGAUAUCAUUGAAUCAUCCGAAAAAAUUACCUCACCUAUUAAGAAAAAUAAAACAAACAAUAAAAAUAGGAUUCAUAAUAAAAAAACUAAGAUCAAUAACUAUAUUAAUGCGAAUAAAGUAUCAGAAUGUAAAACAUUUGAUUAUGGAAAAAGUGAAAUGAAUUUACCAAAAAAUGUAAUCCAGAAAAGUACAGAAAUAUCAACAGUCAGUCAAAAUAAAUUUUGCAAUAAAAUAAAUUUUGAUUCUAUAGAUAUUAUUAAUACAGAAAAUAUUUUGGAGUGUCCUGUAACUGAAUUAAAUAUAAAUAGUUACUGCAAAGAACCUAAAAAAUCAAUUAUUGUAUCACAAGAACAUCAAAAUCCUAAACCAGCAGAAUCGACUAUAAUUAAUGACGAUAAUCAACGGUGUUAUUCCGAUACUUCCUUAACACAUUCAUCUUUGAACACAAAGGAAUUUUCUAAAAAUACGGUUAAAGAAUGUUCAAAAAUAUUUAAACCUCACAGAGCAAAACUUUUCAAUCAGAACGAAGACAAUGUUAUAUCGUUAAUACAUUCAUCCGAAAUAGACGUAAUACCUGCUACUCCUGAACAUGAAUCAAUUAAUGUGCACGAUUCCAUUGUCCAAUACUCUCCUGAAACCAUUUUAAAUCCGUACGUUCCAUUGAUUGAAGUCGAUCAAUCGCCUACAACUCCGCAUGAAAGAAAUUGUCAAGUACUCAUUCAAUCUGUUCAAACUCCACCUAAUGUUGAACAUUACAAUGACACAACAUUACCAAAUUUAUUUGAACCUAUAGCUUCUCCAAUACAGUCUUUUGUCAAUGAACUUCCAUUCAAGAUUGACGUUGUAGAAUCACCAAGAGUUCAUGAAAAUGAUGAUAUUGUGUUUUCGCCCGAAAUAAAUAGGAGAAAAUCAGACAAUAGUCCAUCAUCACCAAAUCAUUUUGACUCUGCUAAAAAACGUAAAAAAAUGUGUAAAGAUGGAUUGAGAGGAAAAUUUCGAGAUCUUAUUAACCGUAAAAAAUCCGAAGCCCGUAUUCGAGAAUAUGAGAAAAGCUUGUCUAAAAGUUAUAAGCCAAAACAAGGUGAAAGUACAUUAUUAAAUGUCAUUGAAGCAUGGAUGGAAUUUAAUAUGAUUGUCCUUCUUUGUUACUACAUGAAAUCUGAUAAUGAUGUUCAAAAAGUAUUAGUUACUCUAGAUAACUGUUCUAUAAAAGCUGCCAAGAAUAGUAUAAUACGUAUAUACUCUCCAUGGUUGACAAUUAAAUCGGAAGUUACCGAUGUAUUGUUGUUUGUUGGUGUCAUUCACGCUGAAGUAAUUGAAUUCUCAGAAUCCAUUACCAGGCCUUUCAAAGAAAAAUGUACAGAUGCCAAUGGAUUAUUGACAACUGUAUUUCAAAAUAAAGUUGUAUGGAAAUGCAAUUGUUCUAAAGACGCUGCUUGUGAAUGCUUGGGAGAAUUAAGUGUUUACGAUUAUUUGCAGUACAUGAUGCCUCAUUAAGAUGUAUUUAUUCUAAUUUAUAAAAGUUACUUAAACUAUUUUUAUUACUUUUGUUAAUUUUGCAAUCAAAUAUUUAUUAAUAUAUAUUUUUAUAAUACCGUUAUUUGUAUCUAGAUAUUAAUUUCAUUAUUAUUGUUAUAUUAAUUAUAUGAAUUCAAUUAUGGAAUAUUUUAUUAGAAAUUGUUUGUACCUACUUAUUUUUCUAGAUAAUUAAAUUUUUAUUUAUGUAUUUAUAUGUAUUCAAUUAUCUUUCAAUUAUUUAAGUAUUGAUAAUAUUUUACUAUGAAAAUAAUAUGUAUUUUUAAUGGUAUGUUAUAAGAAAUUUAUAAUAUGCAACACAACAUACACCUAAAGUUUAUUUUUAUCUAACUUUUUUACCGUAUUUAUACUUAAUUGUAAUAAAUAUUAAUAAUAUGUGUAUUUAUUUUUCUCUUAAUUAUUAAGAAAUAUUAUAUUUUUAUAAUUUAUAAACUCUAACGCAACUUUUAUUGUAACUCAAGUAAAAUCUGAUAUAAUAUUCCUAUCUCAGAACAAUAUUGUAGGUGUUUGUGUAAGCAUAAGGUCAAAAUUAAUAAAUAAUACAAUAUGCAAUGUCAAUCUAAUAUGUUAAAUUUCGUAAUAAAAUAUAUAUUUACACAUUAUAAUGAAUAAUAACCU